AAACAGAUCCUAAAGCGCCAAGGGCAGGGAAGCCGACACAGACACAGAGGGCGAGGUUCGUCGUACGCCGGCUUUUCUUUCUCGCUCCGACAGAAAGAGAGUGCAGCCAAGGGAAUAGGAGGAAGAACAAUAUAUUUGAGCUGAAGUAAUUGGCUGUUGGGAUUUCGCGUAUAGAAGACGCGAAGGGCCAAUAGGGGGGAGCCGGGAGAGAGAGAGAAGGGGGGGGGGGGGUGCUUUGUAGUUAGAAUCAGAUCAUAAUAAUGGCGUAUAGAAGGAGGCAGCAGGGGUUGAUGUCGAGGCAUUCGGACAUUGUAGUGGAUGAGGGUGGUGAUGAUGAUGAUGAAGGAGAAGAAGAGGAAGGAGAAGGAGAAAGAGAAGCUAGACAUGGAAUUCGGAAGCCUCAGCCUCAUCGGGAUUCCUCGUCGCUUGCAGCCAAGGCCAUAAGAGCGUCUUCUGCCUACCGGGACUCCUCUCUCUCCUCUGCUUAUGGCCACUCUUCCCGCUCUCCCAACCCCGCACCCACAUCUUCUUCUCCCUCCGUCUCCCUCCAGGAUUCAAGGCCAUCUGAGUAUACAUCGAUGAAAAGUUUGAAUGAAUCCAAACAUGGAUUUUGGGGUGCUCUGGCUAGAAAAGCUAAAGCAAUUCUUGACGAGGAUAGUGUACCCCAACAAAUUCAAACACCUGAAAGUAUAAGGCCACACGUGCCUGGUACAACACCAACGGGCAAGGUGGGAUAUCAAGAUUUUACGCCAAAGUACCAAAAUUCGAGUCACUCAGAUGAGAGACGUCAAAAAAUAGAAACUCCUAAAUUUCAGAAGGGGUUGGGUGCCAUUGCAUCUUCUCUUAAUUACAUUGGUGGCACCAUUGGUAAUGCCUUAGAGGAGGGUAUGACAAUUGUGGAGAGUCGGACUGCAGACAUCAUUCAAGAAACUCGUAAGCAUAUCAGGAAGAAGCCCGGUGGUUAUGAAGUGCAGAAUGAGGCAUCAAAUCAUUCUAGUACAUGGCAACAUCCACAAAUGCAAUCCCAUAUACAAACCGACCAAGAACUUCAGCUGAAGGCAUCUCGCGACGUUGCAAUGGCAAUGGCUGCAAAAGCGAAGCUACUUCUUCGGGAGUUGAAGACUGUCAAAGCAGAUCUGGCUUUUGCAAAGGAGCGAUGUGCUCAGCUGGAGGAAGAAAAUAAAAUUCUUCGGGAGAAUCGUGAAAGGGGAAGGAGUCUAGAAGAUGAUGAUUUAAUUCGGCUUCAACUUGAAACACUUUUGGCAGAGAAAGCAAGAUUGGCACAUGAAAACUCAAUAUAUGCGCGAGAGAAUCGCUUUCUGAGAGAGGUGGUUGAAUACCACCAGCUCACAAUGCAGGAUGUUGUAUACUUGGAUGAGGGCAGUGAAGAGGUCACUGAAGUCUAUCCCGUCAUGGUUCCCCCAGGUUCAAAUCUAAACUCUGUUUCCUCAGCAUCAUCUCCACAACUAUCCUCUGCACUUCCUUCUGGGGCUCUCCGCAAGUGAUGGAAUACAUUCCUCCUCCACAUCAUAGCCGGGCGUGUAUUAUCAUCAUAACUAAACUAAGCUCUUAAAGCCCAAUCACCACGUCAAAAAAUACAUGAAGACAUUAUUACAGCUAUGCUUUUUGAUUGGAGAUGUCGUAUUCUAUGUUUUGGACAGAGAUUCAAAUGUAACGAUAUGAGUUAUAUUGCUUUGAUUUGUUGUUCUUAUAAUUAUUGUUAUUAUUAACCUUA